AUGGAGGAGGGAAGUGACUGUAUUGGGAGGGUAUAUAUAGACCGUGUACGAUCCUGUUUGAAUAAAAUCGAGUCACUGUUGACUGGAACUACUGCUAUAUCUACCGAGUACUCUAUCAAGAUUCUUUCCAAACUAUACAAAGCAAACCAAAGAACAACCACAAACAUUCCUCUCCAUCAACCAACUUUCCCAAAGACCUCCUCUUCAAGAGAAACAAUGGCCUUCAAAUCUCCCAAGUCAACCAUCACCGUCUCAGACGACGCGGCAUCAACCCACUCCUACCUUUCCACAACAACAACCCUAAAGGGCACCGACGCCGAACCCACCAAGAAGAAAUGGCUCUCCCUAAAGAAGACAGAGAAGACGGGCACCUCCACACCAAAGAACACCGCACGUGCCGAGAAAGCGCUACACUAUGAGGCCAUGGCUUUUUACCUUGGGCAUCGGUGA